AUGUCACAGACAAUCGGAGCUACAAGACUAGCCUACUCGAGGGUGUGGCACCACAUCUCGGCCUCGGAGCCGCACCCGACGCUCAGCACGGUCAAGUCGCCGCCGGAGGCGGUCACGCCGCCGUCGCUGGGGCGGCUGGCGUCGCGCAUCGCCACGCUGCUGAUGGGCAAGCACAAGCCGAUCUGGGACCCGUCGACCGACUGCGGCGACUACGUGGUGGUGACCAACUGCGCGGCGCUGUACACGACGGGCAAGAAGAAGUGGCGCAAGACGUACUACCGGCACAACACGCGGCCGGGCUCGCUGCGCACCAUCACCAUGGACGUGCUGAUGGAGAAGUUCGGCGGCGCCGAGGUGCUGCGCAAGGCCGUCAGCGGCAUGCUGCCGAAGAACCGCCUGCGCGACAAGCGCCUGGCCAGGCUGAAGGCCUUCGAGGGCGACGCCCACCCGUACAAGCAGAAUCUGAUCCGCUUCGGCGGGAAGGUGGUCGGCACGCCCGGGUGGGAGGAGAUGGCCAAGGCUAUCAGGGAGGCGGAUAUGAAGAGGAUAUGAAAAAGUGC